AUGAAGGUGACGGUGACGACACUCAGUGACGACAGCGUCUUCGUCCUUGACGUGAGCGAGGAGCUGGAGCUGGAGAACUUUAAGGCGUUCUGCGAGAUCGAGAGUGGCGUGCCGGCCCACGAGAUUGUAAUAGCGUUUAACGGCCUGCCACUUAUGGAUGAUAAAAAGUCAUUGCGCGAUCAUGGAAUCCGUGACGGCGACGCUGUUAUCCUCCAGCACAUGCAUCAAAGCGGCAGCGACUUGAACCUGCAACCCUUUAAUAGAGCCAUUCCAUUACUGGACUUCAGUUCCAUCAGAAUUCCUGGGACCAGCAAUAAUCAGCGUCCAUCGCCGAUCGCAAACCCAUCGCCGAUCGCAAACCCAUCGCCGAUCGCAAACAACAGAGUACAAAAUCCCCGUAGUGAAGACGAUCCAGCUAUGAUAAAAAACAUGUUCCUAGCUAAUCCAGAUCAGCUGGCAUUGUUAAAACAAAAUAAUCCUAGAUUAGCCGAUGCACUAUUGUCAGGAAAUCUUGAUAGAUUUUCAACUGUACUCAGAGAGCAGAUAGCCGCUCGAGAGGAACGACAAGCACAACGACUGAGAAUGAUGAAUGCAGAUCCCUUUGAUACCGAAGCACAGCGGCUAAUUGCUGAAGAGAUUAGACAGAAGAAUAUUGAAGCAAAUAUGGAGGCUGCGAUGGAGUACAAUCCAGAGACCUUUGGCAUCGUUGUUAUGUUGUAUAUCAAUUGUAAAGUCAAUGGAUUUCCAGUUAAAGCCUUUAUUGACUCAGGUGCACAAACCACUAUUAUGUCUGCUGCCUGUGCCGAGAGAUGCCAUAUUAUGCGUUUGGUGGACACAAGGUGGGCCGGUGUCGCCAAGGGUGUUGGAGUACAAAGCAUAAUUGGUCGUAUCCACAUGGUACAAAUACAGAUUGGCAAUGAUCAUUUAACAACAUCCUUCAGUGUUCUUGAGGAACAGCCUAUGGACAUGCUAUUGGGCUUGGAUAUGCUUAAAAGACAUCAGUGUUGCAUAGAUUUGAAGAAGAACGUCUUGAAAAUUGGAACUACAGGCACUGAAACUCCAUUUCUGACGGAAGGUGAUUUGCCAGAGUGUGCAAAAUUAAGUGGUAACAAUGAUGAAUCUUUAGAUGACAGAGAUCUCCAGCGAGCUCUCGAGGACAGCACAAGAGAUGCUAAGAAACAGAGGCAGCAUGACGGGCAAGGUAGCAGUAAUCAAGGGUCAUCAAGGCCCGCCAUUUUAGAGACUACAAUCUAUCCGCAUGAUCCGUUCACGGAAGCCACAGUCAAGGAACUGGAGGCUCUGGGUUUUACCAGGGCACAAGUUAUUGCGGAAUUGCGUAGAUUUAAUGGGGAUAAAACGCAGGCUACUGCUGCACUGUUUGCGAAAUCAUUAAAAUUUUGAAUGUGUGUUAAAAAUUGUUACGUGCGAUUUAAGUGUUAUUGUGCGAGUUAUGAUGAACAAAGGGACAGGCAUAGAGUAAAAUUGUGAAUAUAUGCUAUAAAAAUAUAGGCAAUAAAAAUGAG